CGCUUCUCCUUAGCUUCUCCUCGCAGGCGAGCAGCCAGCAACCAGCCUAUUGAUAAAUGUGCCUCCAAUGGUCGUCUGAAUCAAAACUACGCGCAUUUCUCCCUCCAAUCUUUACGAGGAGUAACAAUCGGACCGCGAAGCUGCAUUAAAUCCCUGAUCGUACUCAGUGGAUGCUCAUUUUCUCACCAUGGCAACGGAAGACAAGAAACCAGAGACCGACACGAAACCUCCCGUUGUUCCAUCAGCGUCCGCCAGUCAAAGCAAGUCUGCUCCCGCCAAGCCCAACUACAGUCUGAAGUUCACACUAGCAGGCCACACUAAGGCCGUCUCCUCCGUCAAAUUCAGUCCCAGCGGAGAGUGGCUCGCCAGCUCCUCCGCUGACAAACUCAUCAAAAUCUGGGGGGCGUACGACGGCAAGUUUGAGAAAACCAUAUCGGGACACAAGCUGGGCAUAUCCGACGUGGCCUGGUCCUCCGACUCCAACCUGCUGGUGUCCGCCUCUGACGACAAAACCCUCAAGAUCUGGGACGUCAGCUCGGGGAAAGGCUUAAAAACUCUUAAAGGUCACAGCAACUACGUGUUCUGCUGCAACUUCAACCCUCAGUCCAACCUCAUCGUGUCCGGAUCGUUCGAUGAGAGUGUAAGGAUAUGGGACGUGAAGACCGGGAAGUGUUUGAAAACAUUGCCGGCUCACUCCGACCCGGUCUCCGCUGUUCACUUCAACAGAGACGGCUCCCUGAUCGUGUCCAGCAGCUACGACGGACUUUGCCGGAUCUGGGACACGGCGUCGGGGCAGUGUUUGAAGACCCUCAUAGAUGACGACAACCCUCCCGUGUCCUUUGUGAAGUUCUCCCCCAACGGGAAAUACAUCCUGGCCGCCACGCUGGACAACACGCUGAAGCUGUGGGACUACAGCAAAGGGAAGUGCUUGAAAACGUACACCGGCCACAAAAAUGAGAAGUACUGCAUAUUUGCAAACUUCUCCGUCACCGGCGGAAAGUGGAUCGUGUCCGGCUCCGAGGACAACAUGGUUUAUAUCUGGAACCUACAGACGAAGGAAAUCGUGCAGAAACUCCAGAGCCACACAGACGUCGUCAUCUCGACCGCCUGCCACCCGACAGAGAACAUCAUCGCGUCCGCGGCUUUAGAAAACGACAAAACCAUCAAGCUAUGGAGAAGCGACUGCUAAGCUCCUGCUUUGGGAUUCUUUGCGCCAUUCAACUUGUUUUUUUUCCUUCUGUUUUGUUGUAAGAAAAGAGGACAUUUUUUUUUUCUAACGGAGCUCCUGUGUGACGCAGAGGGAAUGAGACCCGUCGACCACGUUCAGUUUCCCAGAGCCCACAUCCGGGGUCACAUCACUCUCCUAAUGUGAAGCUGGAGACUUUUUUUUCUUGAUGCUGUGUUCUGGUGCUUCAGUAUUUUUGACACUGCUUUAAACUUCCCCCCCCGGUGUUACAGUUCCGUACCAACUCGCGUUCAUUUGUGGUCCCUUUGGAUAAUGUUAAGCUUAUUCGGCCUUUUUAAUGAUUUGAUCAUUUGUGUUCUGCCUUUUAUUUUUGAGUAACUGUAGCGUCGUCAUUAUGACUUUACGGUGAAGUGACGUUAACAUCAAGCUUCAGGUAUUAAAAACAAAACAAAGACAUCUUAUGGCUGUUUAUUAUUCAAGGCCUUACAAAUAGGGACGUUUGGUCUUAAUAUUCAAUUGCCAGGUUUCAAAUAUACAUUUACUGUUUAAAUCCUUUUGGGCAACAAACCAGGUUUUAACUAAAUUAAAAAAGCUGAAAAUGUGAUGUAUGAAAUCACAGAAUAGUUUGAACAAUUGCACACAAAAAAACCCCAGUUAGUUUGAAGAUGUGUACAGAUGCUGAUUUGAUUACUGCAGCUGUCCGUCUUGGUUCUUUGUCUUCUGCACGCAGCCACCAGCAUCUGUAGUCUGGAUUCAUUUGACUUGUUUUGGUGGAAUACAUGUUCUGACAAUUGACAGCUUAAUAAACCCAGUUUUUGUACGUUU